AUGCCUAACCAAUGGAAGCCGACUUCACCUCUUGAGGAAAUUACACCUCACAUGCUGCACUUGUGGAAAGCCUGUCAGACUGACAAGAUGAUCGUUGAAAACUUGUGGAAGGUCAUUGAUACAUCCCGCUAUGGAAUAGGUAUUACAAAGUUCAAGGAGAUACGUAAUGCCAUGGGUCUUCAGCGUACUCGGCAGCAGAACCACUCUAUUGAGUCCAUUCGUGACAACAUGAUGGACCUCCACAAGGCGUAUCCAAAUGCUGGUGCACGAGAAAUGGUCUCACUGCUCUUUCAUGAGAAGGAUAUGAAAAAUCACAGGAAUGUGGUCAUUUCAUACUUUGCUGCAUACAAGGCAGACCUGGUGCAUCAGUGGAAAGCCCGUCGGCUUCAGCGGAGACAAUUCUGGGCUGCUGGUGUGAACGACUUGUUCACUGUCGAUCAGCAUGACAAAUGGCUUCAGUUUGGUCUUGGACUCCACACAGGAAUAGAGCCAUUCUCAGGCCACAUUCCAAUGAUUACACAAAGCAACCCAGGAUCUGAGGACUACGGAAUCACUAUUGUGCACACAAUGCUGUGCCAAAUGUACGAUUCAUCACUGCAUGGCACAUUGCAACACCGGUGGAUGUGGACCAAAAAGAACAUUAUGCCCAGAAUUGCCUGGUCCAAGUUGCACUGGUGUUUUACUCCUGGUUUUGAAUCACUAUUGGAUGAAGGCGUGGUCAUGGUAUUUAGAUGGGUGUUCAUCCCAUGGCUGCUCAACAUCAUUACAAUGAUCUUGGUCAGCCUCCAGUCACCUGCCAAUCAGCUUGGCACAUCUACUUAG